AUGUCCAAAUCCAAAUCCAAAUCCAAAUCCAACCCUCUCAUAUCCCCUACAGCACCGAUAGCCCUCCAACCCCACCACCUCCUCUCCCCGCCAGCAGAUCUCCUAACCAAUACUGCAACGACCCUGACAAUCACACCCACCCAAGACAGCAAACAGCUCUGCCCCGCCUACACAGUCUACCGCACCCGCCCACACGAAGCCCCGGGUAGCCCAGACCGCGACGUCCUCCUCUACACCGUGUUCGGAAAACCAUGGCCAAACACGAGCCGCGUAGUCUGCGACACGGAGAACGUGCCGGUGCUCAUAAUACGCCGUGUUUGGUUGUCAACCAUGCGGAAGUGGAGUGUGAGACUUCCGAAGCAAACUCCGGGGACUGCGGAUUUAUUGGUAGCUUCUAUACCUUGGGCUGGCGACGGGCCUGGGUCCAGAGUUGGGGUUGGGGGUGGAUUUGGGCUUGAGGUGCGUUUUGUGAAUGCGCUUGCAAUUAGGCUGGAGUCUGGAGCUGUAGAAAGUGAAAGUGGGAGCGGAUUGGCGGUGUCGGACGAGCCGCCGCCUUAUAGUGCUGUUUCUGGGGAUGCGGGUGUGGCGCAGAGGAACGAGAAAGAGAUACAUCCACCACUCCCCGAUUCACAUCCACAUACUGCUCAGUCCAUUCUCCCCUCCUACGACUCUGUCCGCCGAGACUCGCCUAAUUCCCUACGAGAUCUGCUCGAUGCAAUCGAGCCGCCGCAAGAGCCAGCGCCGGCUUCACCAUUCCCUUCAUCUUCAUCGCUGAAUGCCAAUCAAAGUUCUAGUCCCAGUCCUGGACUAGGACAUAUUGCAGAAGUCGACGCACCCCCCAACGCAAAGGUUGAGUUGAGAGUGAUGCAGCUAGCUGGGUCCGGUACGGGUGUGAUGAUGGGUAAUCAGAAGAUCAUGCAUAUCACGAGACACAAUGUGAUAGACUACAGUAAAUCCAAAGUGAAGUCGAGGCCGAGGUGGGAGGUAGAGGUUCGCGAGGGAGUAGAUUUGUUACUGGCUGUGAAUAUCGUGUUGAUUAUGGCUGAGACUUUGUCGUCUCAGAUUAAAUGGAGGUAA